GACGGCAUUGAGAGAAAAUGGGUAUAAGUUAAAGCAAAUGUGGUGUCGCGUGUGCUCAGUUUCAGGAAACCUUGUGUGUUAUUGUCAGUGGAAAGUUUUGGAUUUGUUCUUCUAAAAGCUCAAUGAUAUUGUGUUGUCCGUAUUUAGGAGACUUUAAAGUGUACAUCUGAGGGGAGGUCACUGAUGUAUAAGACUGUUUACAUCUAGUUUUAUAGACAGGCCAAAGGCAUGUUACCAUGCUCCCCUCAAAAGUACCAAUUCUGACGAGGCUGCCACCGUUCCAAUAUAUAUUUUGGGGGAGACACUCGUAUGUAAAGGCCCCCACCUCCUCGCUAGUUUUGGGCAUCGAGACGAGCUGUGAUGACACUGGAGCAGCGGUGUUGGAUGAGACCGGUGCAAUUCUGGGGGAGUCUCUGCAUUCCCAGAAAGAAGUGCAUCUGAGGACUGGUGGCAUCAUUCCUACAGUGGCACAACAGCUUCACAGGGAAAACAUAGAACAUGUGGUCCAGGAGGCUUUGGACAGGAGCGGUGUGAGCCCGAGUCAGCUGUCAGCUGUGGCCACCACUGUGAAGCCAGGCUUGGCCUUGAGCUUGGGCAUCGGUCUCGAGUUCACUCAGAGGUUUGUGAGGCAGCAUAACAAGCCAUUCAUCCCCAUCCACCACAUGGAGGCCCAUGCCCUGACCGUCAGGAUGCUGCAACCUGUCGCCUUUCCCUUCUUGGUUCUGCUUAUUUCUGGGGGUCACUCGCUCAUUGCUGUGGCCAAAGGAGUGGGAACUUGUUUGCUUCUGGGUCAUUCACUGGAUGAAGCUCCGGGUGAUACACUGGAUAAAGUUGCCAGACGUCUGUCUCAUAAACAUCCUCUGUGUUCUACACUGAGUGGAGGCCAAGCAAUUGAACUUCUGGCAAAGACUGGUGACAGGACAAGGUUCCCUUUCAGGACACCAAUGGGACAAACAUAUGAUUGCUGCUUCUCUUUUGCAGGUCUACGGAAUCAAAUCACAAUGACAAUCAGGAAACAAGAGUCAGAUGAGGGUAUAAAACAGGGGACGUUGUUGUCAUGUGUGAAUGACAUUGCAGCUGCUACACAGCACACAGUGGCGUCUCAUCUUGCAAAGCGCACACAUCGUGCCAUCUUGUUCUGUAAAGCAAAUGGCCUGCUGCCUUCACACAGUCCCAUCUUGGUGCUAUCUGGAGGAGUUGCAAGCAAUCAGUAUAUCCGUAAAGCACUGACCAUUAUCACUGAAGCAACAGGACUACACCUCAUCUGUCCCCCACCCAAAUUCUGCACUGAUAAUGGGGUGAUGAUUGCAUGGAAUGGUGUUGAGCGCUUAAGAGAAGGGAAAGGGAUACUGCCUCCAAAUGUGGAUGUCAGCUAUGAGCCAAAGGCACCCCUUGGUGUUGACCUAACAGCACAAGUGAAGGCAGCAGCCAUCAAAGUACCACGGACCAAGAUCAGGAUUGACUGACAGUGGUUUUGUCACUCGUGGAAUUUCCCAGUUCAACAUUUAUACUGUGUAUAUACAACAUAGUUUAUACAUAGCUGUUAAUUAUUAUUAAAAUAUUUUUUUUCCAAAAAUCUCCUGAGCUUUCAUGUAUACCUUGAACAUACUAAAAAUCCAUUAAAUUUUUGUUUGCUACAACUCUACCCUCAAAUAUACACCACCUCCUCUUCCAAAACACAAUCCAGAUUCACCUUGUCCUGAUGCACUGAAAUAAUUUUGUGCAGAAGAAAGAACACAUAAUCCAACGCACAACUGUCCAAUUUGCACAAUGCAG